AUGGUGGCUGAUAAAGUGGAGGUAUACUCGCAAUCUGCAGAGUCCGGGAGCCCUGGCUACCAUUGGUCUUCAGAUGGCUCGGGAAUGUUCGAGAUCGCCGAAGCCUCUGGCGUCAGACCUGGGACCAAAAUAAUUAUCCAUCUCAAAGAGGAGUGCAAAGAGUUUGCGAAUGAGAACCGUGUCAAAGAGGUGGUGACAAAAUACAGCAACUUUAUCAGCUUUCCCCUCUUCCUCAAUGGGAGACGCCUCAACACACUACAGGCACUCUGGAUGAUGGACUCCAAGGAGAUUGGUGAAUGGCAGCACGAGGAGUUCUACCGCUUCAUAGCCCAGGCUUACGACAAGCCUCGCUACACCCUGCACUACAAGACAGACGCCCCCCUCAAUAUCCGCAGUAUCUUUUAUGUGCCUGAGAUGAAACCAUCCAUGUUUGACGUCAGCAGGGAGCUGGGCUCCAGUGUUGCCCUCUACAGCCGCAAAAUCCUCAUCCAAACCAAAGCCACUGACAUCCUGCCAAAGUGGCUGCGUUUCCUCAGAGGUGUUGUCGAUAGUGAGGACAUUCCCCUGAACCUCAGCAGGGAGCUGCUGCAGGAGAGCACCCUCAUCAGGAAACUCCGGGAUGUUUUGCAGAAGAGGCUGAUCAAGUUUUUCAUUGACCAAAGCAAGAAGGACCCUGAGAAAUAUGCCAAGUUCUUUGAAGACUACGGGCUGUUCAUGAGAGAGGGGAUCGUGACCAUAGCAGAGCAGGACGUCAAGGAGGACAUAGCGAAGCUGCUGCGUUACGAGUCCUCGGCGCUGCCUGCAGGCCAGCUGACCAGCCUGACGGAGUACGCCAGCCGCAUGCAGGCAGGGAGCCGAAAUAUCUACUACUUGUGUGCGCCCAGUCGGCACCUGGCCGAGCACUCGCCGUACUUCGAGGCCAUGAAGAAAAAAGAUAUGGAGGUGCUGUUCUGCUAUGAGCAGUUUGAUGAGCUGACACUCUUGCACCUUCGGGAGUUUGAUAAGAAGAAGCUGAUCUCAGUUGAGACUGACAUCGUUGUUGACCACUAUAAGGAAGAGAAGUUUGAGGAGAGUCGCCCAGCUGCAGAACGCCUGACGGAGAAAGAGGCUGAGGAGCUGAUGGCCUGGAUGAGGAAUGCAUUGGGCUCUCGCAUCACCAAUGUUAAGGUGACUCCACGACUGGACACCCACCCGGCCAUGAUCACUGUGCUUGAGAUGGGGGCUGCCCGCCAUUUUCUGCGCAUGCAGCAGCUGGCCAAGACCAACGAGGAGCGUGCCCAGAUCCUGCAGCCCACACUGGAGAUAAACACAGGGCAUGCGCUGAUCAAGAAACUCAAUCAGCUGAGGGUCAGCCAGCCCGACUUGGCCCAGCUGCUGCUCGAUCAGAUUUAUGAGAAUGCCAUGAUAGCAGCAGGACUGAAUGAUGAUCCCAGACCUAUGGUGAGCCGUCUGAAUGAACUCCUUACCAAAGCCCUGGAAAAACACUGAGCCCAAACGUAUCGAAAGGGCAAGCUCUGUGCCAGAUGCCAGUCUCUGUUCCCUCCAGCACAACUGCUUCUGUUGUUGACUGUUGGAACAGCUGUCUGUUCCCAAACUCUGUGCUGCAUGGGGUAGAAUAUCUGCAACUCUGCGUGACACCUAAAUGUGCUUCCAAGUUUCACUUUAUAGGGAGGUUGCAGUUGUAAUUACUGGACUGUGUAUUACCCACACAGAGUCCCAUCGUCCUGCUGAGACAAAACCUGGAGAUUACUGCUAAAAUGAUUUGCCAGGAUUUCUAAGGUUGGCCCAAAAAUCCUAAUUUUAUAUCGAUUCUAGAAACAGCCUUUCCCAACAGAGCAGUUGACAUCAGGAGUCCAGACUAGCUCCAUGGACUAGAACCCCAUAUACCCACCCAGGAAUUAGCCCUUAUACACCAAUGGGCUCAGAACACCAGCCUUCAGCACUAGCAAAAUUCAUUAGCUUGUCAGGAAACCACCUCUCCCUGGCACCUAGGGCUUAGCAGGCACAGGGAUAGAUUGUUGCCAUUAGCAAACACAGGUACUACUGAUGGAACAAUGAUUUGUCAACAGAGUAGUGUGGCAGAUAAGGUAGCUUAGCUGCUGGAUAACUGAACUCAUCCCUGUAUCUGGGGAAAUGUUUAACAAGCUCACUUGGCGUUUUGGACAGUUUCCAGGGUUUUUGCCUCCCUUGCGGUAUAAUUUGCAUGCCCCAGGUAAUCUCUGUUCUGUUUAUUUAUAUUAAAUAAAUUCCUCUUCAUUUCAAGA